AGUUGCUGACUUCGAGCCGAUCGGCUGCCAGCGCUCACUGCUCUCUCGAUCUUACAUGAGACAGACACAGCUGGGAGACCUCCGCCUUCAACUCUCGUUGUCUUCUCUGAUUGCAGAGUGAAAAGCGCCCCUCCGAAAAGCACAGCUACUGGGGGAAGAUGGGCGCUCUGGACAGCCUGAGGGAGUUUAACAUUCUGAGAUGGUUGCGGGAAGAGAGACAGUCAAGACGGCUGAUUCUACUCAUCGUGUUCAUCGCGCUUCUGCUGGACAACAUGCUUCUCACGGUGUACCCAUAAUCCCAAGCUACUUGUACACCGCAGAACAUGAAGCUUCGUUGACCAAACCUCACACAGAGCGCCCUGACCUCGGGUCUCUGUCUUCUUCAGACGCCUUUUACAGCAUUUUCUCGUACUAUGACAACUCAACCCUGGUAACCAGCAACACCUCUGCUGAAACAACCCAAAGCCCGGCCAGUUUCCCGUCUAGCACUACUCAGACUGCAGUGAUGAACACCACCGAUGCUGACUCAGACUGUCCAAAAAAGGACAAGGAUCUUGUGAAUGAAAAUGUGAAAGUUGGCUUGCUGUUUGCUUCAAAGGCCACUGUGCAGCUGAUAACAAACCCAUUCAUCGGGGUGCUGACCAACAGAAUUGGAUAUCAAAUCCCAAUGUUUGCCGGCUUUUGCAUCAUGUUUGUUUCUACCAUCAUGUUUGCUUGUUCAGAGAGCUAUGCUUUCUUAUUUCUUGCAAGAUCUCUCCAGGGAAUCGGGUCCUCCUGUUCUUCAGUAGCUGGUAUGGGAAUGCUUGCCAGUGUCUACACAGACGAUGAAGAACGUGGGAAUGCAAUGGGCAUUGCACUUGGAGGUCUGGCAAUGGGAGUCCUUGUGGGCCCCCCCUUUGGCAGUAUAAUGUAUGAAUUUGUGGGGAAAUCUGCACCAUUCCUGAUUUUGGCUGCCCUGGUGCUGGUGGAUGGAGCCCUCCAGCUCAUUGUGCUUCAGCCUUCUAAAGUGCAGCCCGAGAGUCAGAAAGGAACGUCACUCUUCAUUCUGUUGCGAGACCCUUACAUCCUGAUUGCGGCAGGCUCUAUAUGCUUUGCUAACAUGGCCAUUGCAAUGUUGGAGCCCGCGCUUCCCAUCUGGAUGAUGGAGACCAUGUGUUCCCGGAAAUGGCAACUAGGUGUUGCCUUUGUUCCUGCCAGCAUCUCUUACCUGAUUGGAACCAACAUCUUUGGCGUCCUGGCUCACAAAAUGGGAAGAUGGCUCUGUGCACUCCUCGGAAUGAUAAUUGUGGGUGUAAGCAUUCUGUGUGUGCCAUUUGCGACCAGCAUCUAUGGGCUUAUUGUACCAAACUUUGGAGUUGGCUUUGCCAUUGGGAUGGUGGACUCUUCAAUGAUGCCAAUCAUGGGGUACCUUGUUGACCUGCGCCAUGUGUCGGUCUAUGGCAGCGUGUAUGCAAUUGCAGAUGUGGCUUUCUGCAUGGGCUAUGCAUUGGGUCCAACCACUGGGGGCGCCAUCGCUCGGUCCAUUGGGUUUCCCUGGAUGAUGACUAUAAUUGGGAUCAUCGAUAUUCUUUUUGCUCCUCUGUGCUUCUUCUUGCGAAGUCCACCAGCGAAAGAAGAAAAGAUGGCAAUCCUGAUGGAUCACAACUGCUCGACAAGAACGAGGAUGUACACAACUCAGGACAACUCGCAGCCGUACCCCAUGAUGGAAGACGAGGAGUCGGAAAGUGAUGAGUAGCCAAACCCUGUUCUCUCUUUCUCUCUGCCUCUCUCUAUCUCUCUUUGUCGUCAGAGAAGUCACCCUUUUAUUGUGCACGGUGUUUUCAUUUGUGUGUGCGUAUGCGUGCGUGCGUGCGCGUGUGUGCGUCUUCAUGGAAAAAGUCGUGUUUGUACGCGUGCCGUGCGGAUAUUGUGUGCCCAGUCAAGCAAACCAAAGCUAUUUUUAUUGCGGCCAAUUGAUUAACUAAAAGAGUCACGAUCAACCACCGGCCUUAUGGGGUGGGGUGGGGUGGGGGGGAACGAGAAUGGCUUUUAUGUUGGAAGAAAAUUAUUUUUAUGUAUUUCCUUUUGUUAAUAUAGCAUAUAUUUUUAAUUAUCUAUUUAAAGCUCUAUGUCAUGGGGAUUGUAUUUCUUGAUGCUGUACGUCAAAUGAAGUUUUUUCUUUGGAUGUCUUUACUGUGUAACCUUUGAUAAAGUCGAGAGUCGCUGGCCUGUAAGCUGUCUGUGCAGUUAACGGUGGAAUUAAAAGUGGGACAGGGGGCCGCAGUCACAUUCCGACUCGAUUACCGGGUCACAAAAUGCAGUGCUUAACCUCACAGAUCACCACCGGGGGGGGGGGGUGGCAUCAUCACCUCCUAAUGCAGGGGUCCCCAACUCCGGUCCUGGAUGACCACCGGGGCUGCAGGUUUUCAUUCUGACCGUUUUCUUAAUGAGUGACCGGUUUUGGCUGCUAAUUCACUUCUUUUGAAUUCAUUUUACUUGACUUGCUCUUAGUGGCGGCAUGUUGGCGCAGUGGGUAGCGCUGCUGCCUCACAGGAGACCCGGGUUCGCUUCCCGGGACCUCCCUGUGUGGAGUUUGCAUGUUCUCCCCGUGUCUGCAUGGGUUUCUUACCACAGUCCAAAGACAUGCAGGUUAGGUGCAUUGCUCCUAGUGUGUGUGCCCUGCGGUGGGCUGGCGCCCUGCCCGGAGUUUGUUUCUCUGCCUUGCGCUACGAUUGGCUCCAGCGGACCCCCAGGACCCUGUAGUUAGGAUAUGGCAUGAUGGAUGGAUGGAUGACUUGCUCUUGAGGACUCGGCCCCCUUAAUUGUUUCUUUUUCCUUAACUAGUAGCCAAAUGAUACAAAAUGAGCCAAACCAACUGGUGUCCAUCAUACAAUAUCUGAAAAUAAAGAAAGAUGAAGGUCUGAGGAAUGUGGAUCUGCUUAGGUCCACAAAACAUUUGACCAGCGUUCUUAGAAAACAGAAAAUCAACAAUUUUGGAAAUGUCUGCUAAUGUACCACGAGAGCAGCAACAAGACUUGGAAUUAAAGAACGAGUUUAAUUAAUGACAAGUACUGGCGCCUCAUUAAGCAGCUGGUUGGAGUGAAAUUGGUUGGAGUUUGAGGCCCUGACUUCGUUGGUCUUCUGUUGGCUCCCUCACUUCACAUUUCAUUUGUGUUUAAGGAAAGAAAUGAAGCAAUUCAGCGGAAAGAUGAAGAAAUUUAGGGGAGCAAAUCUUUAAAAAGCUGCUGCCCAAAGUUUGUUUUCUGCCUUGCGCCCUGUGAUGGUUGGGAUUGGCUCCAGCAGACCCCCAUGACCCUGUAGUUAGGAUAUGGCGGGUUGGAUGAUGGAUGGAUGGAUGACUUGCUCUUGAGGACUCUGCCCACUUAAUUGUUUCUUUUUCUUUAACUAGUAGCCAAAUGAUACAAAAUGAGCCAAACCAACUGGUGUCCAUCAUACAAUAUCUGAAAAUAAAGAAAGAUGAAGGUCUGAGGAAUGUGGAUCUGCUCAGGUCCACAAAACAUUUGACCAGCGUUCUUAGAAAAGAGAAAAUCAACAAUUUUGGAAAUGUCUGCUAAUGUACCACAAUAGCAACAACAAGACUUGGAAUUAAAGAACGAGUUUAAUUAAUGACAAGACUCGGCGCCUCAUUAAGUAGCUGGUUGGAGUUUGAGGCCCUGACUUCGUUGGUCUUCUGUUGGCUCCCUCACUUCACAUUUCAUUUGUGUUUAAGGAAAGAAAUGAAGCAAUUCAGCAGAAAGAUGAAGAAAUUUAGGGGAGCAAAUCUUUAAAAAGCUGCGGUGGGCUGGCGCCCUGCCCAAAGUUUGUUUUCUGCCUUGCGCCCUGUGAUGGCUGGGAUUGGCUCCAGCAGACCCCCGUGACCCUGUAGUUAGGAUACAGUGGGUUGGAUAAUGGAUGGAUGGAUCUUAAAAAAGCAAGUCAAUUAAAAUGAAUUCUCAAGAAGUUAAUUGGAAAGACAAACAGGGCACUCAUUAAAAAAGGGGUUAGAAUGAAAACCUGCAGCCACGGUGGUCCUCCGAGAUCGGAGUUGGUGACCCCCUGUCCUAAUGUAUUGAGAAGGGUGCUGCAUAAAAUUAAAUUCAAUCUAUUGGAUAAGAGGACGGUGAGACCCGUUCAUUGGGUGACCACUAGGGGUCAGUAUGUGCAACCAACUAAUCGGCAGCCCCAGGCCCUCGGCUUUCCUCCUCUGUGCACUGAUAACAAACUCCUGAAUGGUGGCUCUAGAACUUCAGGAAGAUACGGCUUGUGAAAGUGUUAACUGUACUUGGGUUUUUAUUUAUUUUUUUUAAAACUUACGGAAAAAUGUAUGUGCCUUCUUUGAACUUGUCCAUCGCACCUUGGAUUCAUGACAGGAGCACAAAGCCGGCGGGUUUUGCCGAUGUCAGCGUGUACUAACUCUGUGUAUUACAUGUGGCAGACACUGGUGGAGGGGCUUUGUUUGGGGGGUCAGAGUCAAACUCUUGAUUCAUCAAUAAAUGUUUUCUGAAUCGA